CUCCAUCAGAGACCUACUUAGACUGAAAACUUGUUGCUCCCUAAAAUGACUGAAAACCGACCAUUAAGCUACAAUGGGCAUGAUGAAAGUGAUGAAGAAUCUGAUUUACCCACUACCAAACAUUUCCACCAUGAAGAAGACGAGAGUGAUGAAGAAUGUGAUGUACUUCAUGGAGAAAAGCCAAAAAAAGGAAAACAGAAGAUAACAUGGAAAAACAAAAAGGGUUUUACAAAAAAGCCAAGUGUGCAACUUGCGUCAGUUAAUGUUGAUGCGCUUGAAGUUGUAAAUGUAAUUGACACGUAUGACAGAACAGCAAGUGCUUAUGCAGAACACAAGUAUGCUCGAAGUGGAUCAUAUGCUGAAGCAUUUGAGAACAAACCUGGAGAGAGGAUUCCUAAGGCUGGAGUUUACGCAGAAGCAGGAGUUGCACGAGCUCGUGCUGAAUACAGUGUAUUUGAAGCAGAAGCCAAAGGUCCAAAUGCCUCAGCUGGUGCUGGAGUCAGUGUGGUUGGAGCUGGAGCAAUGGCUCGAGCUGAAAUUGCCAGUGCAUCAGCUAAAGCCGGUCCAAUUGGUGUGAAGCUGGGACUUGGACUUGACACGGGUGCAUCUGUUGGUCUGGGUGGGGUGGAAUUCAAAUUCCUGGGAACCGGAGUCUCACUUGGUCCAAAAACCGGUGUGUCUGUUCUGGGUUCAGAAGCAUCAUGUUCAGUCAUGUAAUCAGACAGGUAUUAAUUAUCUGUGAACAAUGAAACAUUUCAUUACAAAACCAAGACAAAAGCAGAAACUUUUUAAAAACUUUACCCAUUUUAAUGCAUAAUUAGUAUUGUUGUUGAGCUUUAAAUACGCAGAUAACUUGUUCAGGAGAACACCGAAAGAGCCAUUCGAUCAAAGUAUCAUGCAAAGAAAAUCAUUUAAUUCAAAUAUAGUCCCACAGAGCCAGAUUUAUCUCAAAUAUACUUUAUAAUCAACAGUGCAACAGUGUCAUUUUAAUUAAUUACUUGCAGUUGAAUCGCAGAGUUUGUGCAAACGUAUACACAUUGUGAUAACAUGCUUUCUAAACUGCUGCUUUUUCACCGCUGUCAUUCUUGUUGUGUGUUUGCUUUGUUAUUGAGCCAUGAAUAAAAUAAACUUU